AUGUCCAGGAUGUUGCGAAUGGCAACAACGGUGGCUCUGGCCGUGCUUGGCGCAUCCGCUGUGCUUGCCCAGGAGCUCCCCUCAUGCUCCCUAACGAAGAAGUGCCCGGAGUCGGCCCCUUGCUGUUCCCAAUAUGGCCAGUGCGGUGUUGGCGCAUACUGCCUGGGCGGCUGCGAUCCGCGCAUGUCCUUCACCCUCGACUCGUGUGUCGCUGCGCCUGUUUGCCAGUCUAGGUCGAUGUCGAUGAAUAACCUCGAGCGUAUCGUCGACAGGGCAAAAUACCUCGGCGACGCUUCCAAGGCCGAUUGGGUAUCCCAGGGCAGACCCCUAGCUCACAACGGCAAUGUCCUCUUGACUAUGCCCGCCCGCUCUGCCGGCACCGUCCUAGCCUCGACCGUGUACAUGUGGUACGGAAAUGUCAAGGCCCGUAUCAAGACCUCGCGUGGCGCAGGUGUUGUUACCGCUUUCAUCCUGUUCAGCGACGUGAAGGACGAGAUCGAUUUCGAAUGGAUCGGCAACAGCCUGGCAAACACACAGACCAACUACUACUUCCAAGGCAUCACCGAUUACACCAACGGAGGAAAUAUCUCCCAAGCCGGCGUCACCAAUACCAACACUGAAUGGCACACCUAUGAGAUUAGGUGGACCCCCGACAAGAUCGAAUGGUACGUGGAUGGUCGACUUGGACGCACGCAGCUCAAGUCCGAGACGUGGGACGCUGCUCACAACCAGUGGGCGUACCCACAAACUCCCUCGCGUGUUCAGCUUUCUCUCUGGCCCGGCGGCGAUGAGAAGAACCCCGAAGGCACGAGAGAUUGGGCAGGCGGGCUGAUCGACUGGAGCUCGGAAGAUAUUCUGAGGAACGGGUACUACUACGCUACCGUAGGCGAAAUCACCAUGGAGUGCUACCAGACCGACACGGCGCCGGGCACCAACUUGCGCAAGGGCUACGUAUACAAGGACGCGAAAGCCACUAACGACACCAUUGAAGAUAGCGAUACGAACACGAUCCUCAAGUCGUUACUGGGCACCGGACUGGAUAUGGAAAAGGAUUACCCGUCUUCGGGUGCGGCCCAGACCACUCAGGCGGUCAUCCCGGGGCUCAGCGGCGGCGGUCCGGGUACGAACGGUCAGGCAGCCGAAAGUAGCAGCGGCGACAGCAACAGCCCUACGGUCGUCGGUGGCUCUCCUAAUGCAGCCUGCACCGCUAGCUUCGAGCAGGUGUGCGGGGCCGGCGAGGAUAACACGAGCCAGAACCAGGGAGUGAGGCAAGAACGCGCUCUCGGCGCUAGCACAUUUGCCGCUCUCGUUGCCGUAGCCGGCGUGCUUUGGCUAUAAAGGAGCGACAGCCACGCUGGGGAUGGCUACCUAGGAAUCCUUGCUAGAGCCAGCCUAUGUCUACAAGGACAUGAUGGAUGUGGUUAUACGGGAGUUUUUCGGGCAAAAUUGGGAGAGGGGUGGCUUGAUAUCGGUCUACGCGACCCCCCCAACCCCUCCUUAGGUAACCUUGGUCGGACUCAGGGUAGAUCUCGUGGCUUUGAGCACAGAGCAUAUGAAUAUGAUGUACAUAAUAUGGGUGGUAAUGGCGCGACGCCGUCCAUUCCUUUUCGGAUGCUAGAUUUGGUGCGCACGUGAAGGCGUGGCGCUGAGGUUUCCGGACCCCUGCGCGACGAUGGUCAUUCUCGUUAUAAACAAAGGGGUUGUGUUUAGGGGACUCUUGGAUACUUACUUGGACUACCUAUCCCCCGGGU